ACUUGACCCCGAGCCGACCAACCAACCAACCAAAUCGGACAAGAAUACGCAACAAUGGACGCUCUAGCAGAAACAAUCCUCCACUCCAACAUCGUUCACAACCCCUCAUCUGAGGACAUAAGUCCCCCAACCUCCGCCUCCGCACACAUCACCUCCAUCAACUCCACCCCCGGCGAGCCUCUGCGCUCCGAGCGUCCUGAUUCAUCCUCAUCACGGCAAUCCACCGCUUCCGAUCUCGACCUCGAAUACGACUCGGCGCUCGAUAGCACCUCAGACGAAGAGGAAGAUGGGGAAGAGGGAGAGUACAGGGGUGGUAGAGGAGUGGGAAGGGCAAGAGUCCCGAUGAUGCCCGCGAUUCCGAAUUUGAGGUUUGAGCAGUCAUACAUGAACUCGAUAUCGCGCGCGCAGUCACCCUGGCAGGUCGCGCUGAUUACGAUCAAAGACCAUAUUAUCAUGCCAUUAGCACAGGGCUUUGGGUUGACGUUGGCUACAGUCGGUUUGAGGAUUUAUUUCGCGCAUGUUAGGACGAAUGGGCAUGACUGGGGCGCAUGGGCUCGAACAUGGUUUGCGGGGUUGAAGGAGUCGUUUAUGGGGCCGCAGACGAAGGGGAGGACGGCGUGGGCGUGAGUCGCAUAUUUUGUGGGAAUCGAUAGACUUUGCACGGCGAGAUCAAGUGAUGUACGAUGCAUGAUAUACCCCUCU